UGUAAUCUAGUACUUUAAUGUGAGUAUGUAAAAGAGUUUAAGCAAGCUCACAGGAGGGAUGAUGAUAUUGCCAUUGUAAAUGCUGGAAUGCGUGUUUUUCUUGAGAAAAAAGAUGAUGAUCUGGUUGUUGCAGAUGCUUCAAUCGUUUAUGGUGGAGUGGCUCCUUUAUCUAUUGCUGCAAGGCAAACCAAAGAGUACUUGAUUGGAAAGACUUGGAAUCAGGAGCUUUUGCAAGGAGCUCUGGAAGUUUUGAGGAGUGACAUAAUCAUCAAGGAAGAUGCUCCGGGUGGGAUGGUUGAGUUUCGAAAGUCUCUAUCACUUAGUUUCUUUUUUAAGUUUUUCCUCUGGGUUUCUCAGGAGAUGGAUGAGAUGAGAUCCAUCAGGGAAGAGAUACCAUUGUCACAUAUAUCUGCCAUAAAACCAUUUGAAAGACCAUCUGCUGUUGGAAGUCAGGAUUACGAAAUUGUGAAGCAGGGGACUUCCGUGGGAUCCCCUGAGAUCCACCUUUCCUCAAGGCUACAGGUCACAGUUGAGGCGGAAUAUGCUGAUGACACACCCUUGCCGCCUGACGGUCUGAAUGCCGCGUUAGUGCUAAGCAGAAAACCCCAUGCCUGUAUAAUUUCGGUAGAUGCUUGAGGAGCGAAAUCUUCUCCUGGAUUUGCCGGCAUAUUUCUUGCAAAAGACAUCUCAGGAAAAAACGAGAUGGGGGUUGUUAUAUCAGACGAGGAGGCAUUCGCUUCAGAAUCUGUCACUUGCGUUGGCUAGGUAUAUCAUAGCAGUCAAUCUUUGUAUGUUGUACAUGUGCUUGGGACUCCCCCGAACAAAUCGAACUUAUGACUUAAACCGGGACCCUCAUAUUGAAAAUUCAAGAGUUAACCACCAGACUAGGAAAUGUUUUUACAGUUUUUUUACUCUUCCUUGCCACUUUGUAUGUGAAGUCUUCUUGUUUCCAUAUAUUUGUCGCAGGUUAUUGGGGUAGUUGUUGCCGAUACAUGAGAAUGCGAAACUAGCCGCAAGAAAGGUUCAUGUGGAGUAUGAAGAACUUUCGGCUCUCUUUUCAAUAGAAGAUGCCAUCAAAGCUGAAAGCUUUCAUCCAACACAGAAAGGUCUUUGCAAAAAGGUGACGUGGAUCUCUGCUUUCGGUCGGGCGAAUAUUACGAAGUCAUACAGGGGGAGGUUCAAGUGGCAGGUCAGGAACAUUUUUACUUGGAGACACAUUGCACCCUCAUAUGGACAGUGGAUGGCGGAAAUGAAGUCCACAUGCUUUCCUCCACUCAAUGCCCCAGGCACCAUCAAAAGACUGUUUGUUGCU